GAAGAGUUUCGGUUUAGCCAUUAGAUUAGAUUAGAGAUAGGAUUGUAGGACCGAACCAAAAUCCAACCAUCAUUCGACUAACACAAACAUUCAUAAACUCCAAUGAUACCAUCUCUGGCAAUUGCUUCUUCAUCUUCAACCAUGUUGUUAUGUCCCAAACUAGGAACAUGUUCAAUGUCUCUGUCCACUUGUACACCAACUUCACAUUCAAAAAUCCAACAUUUUCAUCUCUAUUCAUUGGGUAAACGCCUUUUCACACCUUGGAAUGGUUUGAAGCAACUGGGUUUCUCAACUGAUCCCAAAAAACCCCUUUUUCAUUUUAUAGGUAGAAAGGGUCGGUGUAAGGGUAAGGUUGUUUAUGCGUCUUUGUUUGGUGUUGGAGCACCUGAAGCUUUGGUAAUUGGGGUUGUGGCUUUGUUGGUUUUUGGUCCUAAAGGUCUUGCUGAGGUUGCUCGAAAUCUGGGAAAAACAUUGCGUGAAUUUCAACCCACCAUUAGAGAGAUCCAGGAUGUUUCAAGGGAAUUUAAGAGUACGCUCGAACGGGAGAUUGGUAUUGAUGACAUUACAAACCCAUUACAAAGCACAUACUCUUCCAAUGUACGCAACACCACGUCAACUCCAUCAGCCACUGAAAUUACCAAUAGUUCUCCUCCGUCAGCCACUGAAAUAACCAAUAGUUCUCAGACUGCGGUUGACCCUAAUGGGAAGCUAGAUGAAAGUAAAGCAUACAGUUCUGAGGAGUAUCUUAAGAUUACAGAGGAGCAACUAAAGGCAAUUGCUGCACAACAGCAGGAGCAAACACCCUCUCCUAAAGAAGAAAAAAUUGAACAGCAAAUUCAGCCUCCUGCUAAUGAAACUGCUGCAACUCUGUCAUCACCACAGAAGCCAGAAAGUGAAUCGUUACCUUCGGAUUCAUAGGUGUAACCAAUUUUGUUGCCUCAUAGUCACUUAAAUUGUGUAAAAAGUAAAGAAGAAAGCUUUUAACAUGUAGUGUGCUUAUGAAUUUAUUGUAGUUUAAUCACUUGUUUAAA